CGAAAACGCCACCGUCACCACCACCGCCUCCUCCUCCUCCUCUUCCUCCUCCUCCUCCUCCUUACGCACCGCGAUUGCGCCCUUAGGCAGCGUGACGCGAGGGGAAGGCUUCUCGCAACUCAAAAUGUCCCACGCAUCACCAUGUUCGGCUCCGUGAGCGCCAGCGCCGCAGCAGCCGCGUACGCGCAGAGGAGGGCGGUGGAGAGCGGAGGAGGUGGAGGAGGAGGUGACGGUGAAGGAGGGGGAGACGGCGGCGGCAUGGAGUGCGAGGAGCGCGGAGCAUACCCGGGCUCUGGACUCUUCCUCCCGAGCUGCCGUGCCUACUACGACCUGGGCGCAGUCCCCUCGUUCCUUCAGCCGCCGGGUGCACGCCCGGUCCCUUGCCACUACUCCGCGGUGCCGCAAGCGCGGGACGCGGCCGCCUUCAGGGAGUACGGCCUGCACGAGACGGCUCGACACUGGCAGCAGCAUCAUCAUCAUCAGCAUCAUCAGCAGCAGCAGCAUCAGCAGCAGAUUCAUCAUCAUCAACAGCAGCAGCAGCAGCGUCGAUACGUGAGCGAUGAAUUCGUGUUGCAGCAGCAGCAGCAGUUGCUACAGCAUCAGCAGCAGCAGCAGCCACUUCCUGGGCCGCAUUCUGCGCACAGCAGCAGCAGCAACAACAACAACAGCAGCAGCAGCAUCGAGGCGGCAUACGGGACUGAUGGCGGAGGAGUCGCGCCGCUUGCCCCGAGCUGCAGCCCGUCUGCCGGUGGGAUUUUCGGCGCAGCAGCAGCAGCAGCAGCCCUGCAGAUCGGGAGGAAUGGAAUCCUCCCGCAAGGGUUCGACCGCUUCUUCGAGUCCGCGUACAUCGGCAGCGGCGGCAGCAAUAGCAGCAGCAGCAGUAGCAGCGGCAGCGAUGACCCCAACAACAAAGCCGAGGCUGCUACGAGCGGUGGCCUGCUGCUACGGCAGCAGCUGCAGCAGGAGCAGCAGCAGGAGGAGCAGCAGGAGCCAGGGGGCGUCAAUUCCCUGCAGCAGCAGCAGCGGCAGCGGCGAGUGCAGCGCGCAGCCGCCAAAGAAGAUCGCGACAGCGGCGCUGAGUCUGGGAGUGCGGCGUCGUCACCAGCCGCAACCCGCGGAGCCGAGUCCAGGGCGGUAGGGUCCGGCGCUCAUCGGCCGCGUAAGAAGCGCUGCCCCUACACCAAAUACCAGAUCCGCGAGCUGGAGCGAGAGUUCUUCUUCAGCGUCUACAUCAACAAGGAGAAGCGCCUGCAGCUAUCGCGCCUCCUCAACCUCACCGACCGACAGGUCAAGAUCUGGUUCCAGAACCGACGAAUGAAGGAGAAGAAGCUGAACAGGGAUCGCAUGCAGUACUUCGCGCCCAACCCGCUCCUAUGACCCCCCCCCUCCACCCAAAAAAAAAACUCCUUUAAAAAAGCUUUAAAAAAAAAAGGUUUUAAUAACAACUUCGUUUAACUCACGGUCGAGAAGCACGUCAAUGAUGCGUCACCUGCUCCCCCACAUCAACGCGAACUUGAAUUGAUUGAUUACUUCCCCAACACGGAGCAGGCGAAUCGAGAGUUUAGGGACCGCGGCGUUGUUUACCUACACCAAAUAUAUAAAUAAUAAGGCGUCCAUACAAAAUGU